AUGACCGCGCGCCCGCGGACCCAAAGCACCCCGCCCGCAGUGCCCGCCCCGUUCGGCGGACUGACCAAUGGCAGAGCCGAGGGGGCGGCUGCGGACGCGGGGCCGCCGCGAUGGCGAUGGCGCCGGCGGGAUGGCGGAGCCGCGCGGUUCCGCGCGGGGAAAGCGGCGUUUCGCCGCCCCCCGCCCCGUGCUUCGGGGACGCCGGGCGGUCAGGGGAAGGCGGCGCGGGCGCACCGCCGCCGGCCCCGUCCGUCCCCCGUCCGAAUCCAGCUGUCCUCGGAGGCGGAACCGAGCCGUCCUCCGUCGUUGCGGCGAGGCGCCGCCGGGCUGCGAGAAGCGGCGGCUGACCGCGAGCGGCGGGACCCGCCCGGUGUCCGGGAGCGGCUCCUGGCUGAGCCGGGCAGCCCCGAGAGGGAGCGAUCCCACGGAUCGACUCGCGUUCGAGCCCGGCACGGAGUCCGGCCAGGGCCUUCGCUUCUCGCUCGGCCGUUCUCCAUCUGGCUUCAGGCCGUGCAGUCGUCCCCGCGGCGACAGCGCAUGCCGCCGUCCGCGCUGAGUGACGCCAUCAGCCCCGCCACCCGAGCAGGAGGCGGCCGUGCGGAAGCCGUGCGGAAGCGGUGCGGGGCAGCCCGGGGCAGCGAGCGCCGCUUGGACUUGUACAGAAAUGGAUGGUUUUCGCCAAACCACCGUGCAAGGCCCCACGGAAACAACUCCCCCCAGGGCCACCGGGUGACAGCGGCCCAACCGCUGGCGGUGCCAGCACCGGGACAAGCGCCUGUCCCCGAAGUUCUCACUGUCAGUGUCACCGUGGAACCUGGGGCCGGAGCAACGAACCUCGAGAGCCCCGUCAGCAUCCUGCAGCUGCUGGAGCCGGGUGCCGCUGUGGCCCUGGCUGCCCAUGACUGUCCCACGCUGUGCCCCCUGCCAUGGUGGGGGGGGAGCCCUCUGGUGCCCAUCGUCGUCUGUCACGAGGACGGGACACGCACGGUGCUGAACUCUGUGCCGCCACCAGAGGAGACCGCGUGUGACAUCGGCGUGGCACAGCCGUGCCGCGCUGCCAUCAUCUUCGUGUGUGGCUUUGGGCAGCCGGCGUCGGGUGUCACCGCCAUGAGGGGGGGGCAGAAGGACCCCCUGGGGACAUUGCGCUGGAACUGUGGGCACCGUGACCAGCUGGAGGACGUGCUGGGCAAGUGGGGACACCGCAUCACAGUGUCACAGCCCCAGAGUUGGGGACAUCCCGUGUCACGUCUCAGGGCUGUGGUCUCGCCCACAGCGUCACACCAUGAAGUUGGGAUGCCUGUGUCCCCCGUGUGGUGUCACACUCCGAAGUUGGGGACACCUUCGCGUCUCCCUGGUAGCGUUGCAUCCCAGAGUUGUGGACCCCCGCCAUUCUCACACCAUGAAGUUUGGGACACCCGUCUGGGACCCCAUCUGUGUCCACCUCCACAGACCACACUGUUCUCAUGGGGCGGGGGUGACACCCCUUACUUUGGAAAUGCAGGUUUAUUUUUUGCUAACAGAGGAUUGGGGAACACCGCCCCACACCCCAUGUCAGUAAUGAAGGGCAGAGUAGCAGCUGUGGGGCUCCACGCAUCUCAUCGGGGUUAAACUUUGGGGACAGAGGUCACUGCAGCAUCGUGGCUCCAUAGCCCCUCUGGCCCCAUAACCACUGCAGCCCCAUCUCGUAGCCAUCCCAUAUCCUUAUCCCGCACCUUUAUCCCAUCCCAUAUCCAUCCCAUCCCACCCAUAGCCCUCUCAAACCCAUCUCAUAUC